GAUUCAAAGCCCAACGUGGUCGUCGACAAUAUCUGGCUAUAAUUCUAAACGUUACGCAUUAAAAUGAUGGACGUUACCCGGCCGCUUGGCAAGCGGCAAAUUACCGAGCCAUGAGAGCCGCAUCCGAUCCAAGCAGCGGAAGCUCCCGGACUAUGCCCGGGUUCGACGCUGUUGAGAUGUUUACCUCGCUGUAUGUAUGUACAUGUGCACAAGCACUUGGGGCUGGCAUUGUCAACACCAUGCCUAACCGGUGUUUACAAGAAGAUAUGGAAAUGGUUAACAGUUUCCGUGGUGUCUGUGGCAAUGGCGCUCAGACUCAGAGUCGCCUCACCUUUCACGUUUUGUAUGUAUGUAUGGGUGAUCGACACCCCGCACCCGCGAGUAGUGUAUUAACAUAUGUGAUCUAGCUACAUACUUCGUAUGUGCACGGUUGAUGAGUCUUUGGGCGCCUAGCGUACGCUAGGCUUCCAAAUGCCGCGUGCUGCCCUUCAAGACCCCCCCACC